UCCAUUUAUUUAAUGUAAUUACUGCAGUAGUGGAUGGGUUGUUACCCUCUUUGUAGCUACGUGAGUAGUGGUUCUGUUGUAGAGAUUGGUAUAUUUAAACCAAUCUCCUAUUCAAUACAAACUACCAAUUCCAGCCAAUUACAUGGUAUCAGAGCUAGGGCUCCGAUUUCCUUAACCUAUUCUCCUGAAAAUCCGAAUCAAAAUUCUUUCUUCUCUAUCUCUAUCAAGUUCGUUCCUUUUUCCUGAAUAAUCUUCACUGUCAUUCUUCUCUGCCUUUCCUCUUCUCCAAACAUGUCUGGCGAAACAGUCAUUAAUCUCGACGAGGCCAACACCAUCAUCACGCUGAACCCGGCCUCUCAGCUACCCACCAAACUUAGCAGCGACAAUUUUCCGACCUGGCGAGCCCAGCUUCUCACCCUUCUUCGUGGCCUCGACUUCCUCAAAUUCCUGGAUGGCACACAUCCAGCUCCUACUGCUGAUGCCCCUGUUGCUGAUCAUCGUCGCUGGUACAGACAAGAUCAGUUACUCCUUCACUCCAUUCUUGCAUCGAUGUCUCCCGGAGUUGCACCCUAUGUUUCUGCCGCCACCAAUUCUCGUCAGGCGUGGAUGACUCGCUAUGGCACAACUCCUAACAAAGGCCAAGUGUAACCAAUGAGAGGGACUGCAGUAUAGUGGCUCAAGUGAUAAAUAUCGAAUCCACGGGUCUCUAGAGUUACUAUUACUCAGCUUCAGUUUAUUAUUUAGCAAACCAGACUAAGGUGAAAGAACUAAAACUACUCUAGCAAACUACAGUUAAAGUUAAUCUAAUUACAGGUUGGGAACUCACUUAGGUAUGAUUCCCCCUAGCCACUAGCCAGACUAACGAUUGAUGAUUUCUAACUUGUUUCACUUUCAUUCACAAUGCGGAGAAUCCUUGACUAGACCUUGAGUCUCGACUAAAGGAACAAGGCCCUCUUGAGUCAUUUGCCUAGAGGGACGUAUCCUUCUCUAGAACAACCGAUCAAGGCGUUAUGAACUAGAUUCCCUCUAUCGAAUUAGGUUCUCAAUCGAUACAAAGCACUGAAUCAAUCCUCGACUAAAGCAAUCGAUCCACUACUAUCAAUCUAUGGUGCUCUAUUGACCUAAUCAGGUAUUCGCUCUCAUAGGAUCAAAGCAGAAUUAAUAAUCUCGACUAAAGCAGAAUUGAAUCAUGAAAACAUGCAUAGAUUGAAUAUGAACUCAAGAUUAUCAAGUCAGAGUACUCAUACAAUCAUCCAAUCAAACAAACAUAGCUAGGGUUCCUCAAAACCUAAGUGAAGGGAAGUUACUCCAUAGAGAAGAGAGAGACUGCAGUAAGAAUCUUCAGAUGAUCAGUCUUCAAGUCCGGGCUUGUUCCUCGAUCUUCCAAGGCGAAGAAAUCCUCCAAUUCCACUCUUGGAAUACCCUCAAAUCGCCCUCUCUCGCUUUGGUUCGUUCCUUGGGUGUUUGGGAUCCAAAACCCAACUCUCCCUUUCCUUUGGCCUCAAUCUGCCUAAAAACCCCAAUUAUGGGCAAAACACGGUCGAGGACACGGCCGUGUUUCACUUUUGCCCGCCCGUGUUUUGCCCCCAGCAGCCCUAGUUGGCCAAAACAAGGUCGUGCCUAAAUAUGGACACGGUCGUGUUUUGAUUUAGGCGCGCCCGUGUUUUUACUGCCGAACUUGUUCCCCUAUAUUCAAUGCUUCGUUUCUCCCUCGUCCGGACUCCGAAUCAGUCGCCAUUUGAUCCCAGAUACUCGUAGUCUCGUCCUCUUUAUUUUCAUGACAAGCUUGCAUGAUUAUUUGUCCAUAAAGUGAGGUAGAAAUCCAUUCUUCUUCAGGUCAUGCCCGAGUUUCUUCUCCCUAAUCGCCAAUUGAUCUCUGAUUGACUUGAAACUUGCGCCUAUGCUUCACUUUAUGUGCUAGGACCUGAAAUGUGACAAAGUAAUACAACCUAUCUUAAAAU